GCCUCACAGGGGUAAUUGAGUCAUGAGGGGUGGAGAAGAGAGCGAGAGCGAGAGAGGAUAAAUAGCAGCGUGGCUUCCCUGGCUCCUCUCUGCAUCCUCCCCGACCUUCCCAGCAAUAUGCAUCUUGCACGUCUGGUCGGCUCCUGCUCCCUUCUUCUGCUACUGGGGGCCCUGUCUGGAUGGGCGGCCAGCGAUGACCCCAUUGAGAAGGUCAUUGAAGGGAUCAACCGAGGGCUGAGCAAUGCAGAGAGAGAGGUGGGCAAGGCCCUGGAUGGUAUCAACAGUGGAAUCACGCAUGCCGGAAGGGAAGUGGAGAAGGUUUUCAACGGACUUAGCAACAUGGGGAGCCACACCGGCAAGGAGUUGGACAAAGGCGUCCAGGGGCUCAACCACGGCAUGGACAAGGUUGCCCAUGAGAUCAACCAUGGUAUUGGACAAGCAGGAAAGGAAGCAGAGAAGCUUGGCCAUGGGGUCAACAACGCUGCUGGACAGGUUGGGAAGGAGGCAGACAAACUGAUCCAUCAUGGGGUCCAUCACGGGGCCAACCAGGCGGGAAGUGAGGCAGGGAAGUUUGGCCAGGGAGUCGACAAUGCUGCAGGGCAGGCUGGAAACGAGGCUGGGAGGUUUGGCCAGGGAGUCCACCAUGCUGCAGGGCAGGCCGGAAAUGAGGCUGGAAGGUUUGGUCAGGGAGUCCACCAUGCUGCAGGGCAGGCCGGAAAUGAGGCUGGGAGAUUUGGCCAGGGGGCCCACCAUGGUCUCAGUGAGGGCUGGAAGGAGACAGAGAAGUUUGGCCAGGGGAUCCACCAUGCUGCCGGUCAGGUUGGGAAGGAGCCAGAGAAGUUUGGCCAGGGGGCCCACCAUGCUGCCGGUCAGGUUGGGAAGGAGGCAGAGAAGUUUGGCCAGGGGGCCCACCAUGCUGCGGGGCAGGCCGGAAAUGAGGCAGGGAGAUUUGGCCAGGGGGUCCACCAUGGUCUCAGUGAGGGCUGGAAGGAGACAGAGAAGUUUGGCCAGGGGGUCCACCAUACUGCUGGUCAGGUUGGGAAGGAGGCAGAGAAGUUUGGCCAGGGGGCCUACCAUGCUGCGGGGCAGGCCGGAAAUGAGGCUGGGAGGUUUGGCCAGGGGGUCCACCAUGGUCUCAGUGAGGGCUGGAAGGAGACAGAGAAGUUUGGCCAGGGGGUCCACCAUGCUGCCAGUCAGUUUGGGAAGGAAACAGAGAAGCUCGGCCAUGGGGUCCACCAUGGGGUUAAUGAGGCCUGGAAGGAAGCAGAGAAGUUUGGCCAGGGCGUCCACCAUGCUGCCUCGCAGGUGGGGAAGGAGGAAGACAGAGUGGUCCAAGGCCUCCAUCAUGGCGUUAGUCAGGCUGGAAGGGAGGCGGGGCAGUUUGGCCACGACAUUCACCACACAGCAGGGCAGGCCGGGAAAGAGGGAGACAUAGCAGUUCAUGGUGUCCAACCUGGGGUCCACGAGGCCGGGAAGGAGGCAGGGCAGUUUGGCCAGGGAGUUCACCAUACCCUUGAACAGGCCGGGAAGGAAGCAGACAAAGCGGUCCAAGGGUUCCACACUGGGGUCCACCAGGCUGGGAAGGAAGCAGAGAAACUUGGCCAAGGGGUCAACCAUGCUGCUGACCAGGCUGGAAAGGAAGUGGAGAAGCUUGGCCAAGGUGCCCACCAUGCUGCUGGCCAGGCCGGGAAGGAGCUGCAGAAUGCUCAUAAUGGGGUCAACCAAGCCAGCAAGGAGGCCAACCAGCUGCUGAAUGGCAACCAUCAAGGCGGAUCUUCUGGCCAUCAAGGAGGGGCCACAACCACGCCGUUAGCCUCUGGGGCCUCGGUCAACACGCCUUUCAUCAACCUUCCCGCCCUGUGGAGGAGCGUCGCCAACACCAUGCCCUAAACUGGCAUCCGGCCUUGCUGGGAGAAUAAUGUUGCCGUUGUCACAUCAGCUGACAUGAUCUGGAGGGGUUGGGGGUGGGGGACAGGUUUCUGAAGUCCCUGAAGGGGGUUGUACUGGGAUUUGUGAAUAAACUUGAUACACUA